UGGAUUUCAUCCGUAAAUGAGUGUUAUAGAAUCUGUUCAUCAUGACUCAGGAGUCCCACGGAUUGACUGUGGUCAGUGAUGUAUUCAGUGGAUUAACCAUUGACACAAUAGACCAGAAGUUUAACAUAGAAGAACAUCUAGAACAGAGACUUGCAGAUGCCAUUCCUAAGUGGAAGGUGGAAGGAAUCCGUGGAUUGUGGAUGAAGAUUCACCUUUCUCACUCAUCAGCUGUUCCUGUGUGUAGCAAAUUGGGUUUUGAUUUCAACCAUGCUCAAUCAGGCUAUGUAAUGAUGACAAAAUGGCUUCCAGACGGGGAAGAAAACAAAUUACCAGAGUAUGCAAAUCAUUUUGUUGGUGUGGCAGGUUUUGUUCUCAAUGAGAAGAAUGAGCUGCUGGUGAUCAGGGAGAGGUUUAGUGUAUUGGAUACCAACCCCUGGAAAUUACCAGGAGGGCUGGCUGAUAAAGGCGAGGAAUUGGAGACGACAGCCAGACGGGAGGUAUUGGAAGAGACUGGGAUAAACUCGGAGUUUGUGUCUGUCCUUGGAUUCCGACACCAGCACAACUUCCGAUUUGGCUGUUCAGAUUGGUACUUUGUCUGUCUAAUGAAAGCACUGACCAAUGAAAUCAAACACUGUCCUCAGGAAAUCGCAGAAUGCAAAUGGAUAUCUCUAGAGGAAUACCUGGCAUAUCCAGAUUUGACAGAUGCCAACAGGUUCUUUGUACAAUGUUUCCUAAACCUCCAGAAAAAUGGCAAUCUAACCAUAUCCAAAACUCUCGUGGAUUCAUGGAACAAGAAAUUCACAAACAACAUCUACAGCAUUCAGCCGAUACCAAAGGAGUUCCUACAGUGCCCUGAUCAGUAACUGACUUGGAAGGUGAUGUGACGUCACCUCACUACCUUCAUAUCAACUGUGAUAACAAACAUUUUGUGAUUUUUAUAGGAUUUUUAUGGGAAAUUUUAAUAUGUGGUAUUGAAAAAUAAAUACCUGAAUAAUAUU